AUGUAAAAUAAUGCAAUCUCGAAUUCCCUUUAUUUUUCCAAACACACUCAUUUCAAAUAAAACAUUUAUCGAGGAUACUUUGUCUUUAAGAAUGCCAACUUUAGCAUUUUAGAAACUAGAAACAAAUCGAGAUAUGAUAGCAAACAUUCUGAACCUGAAGAUCAAGUAUUUGUUUCAAGUUCAGUUUAAUAAAUACCUAGUUAACGAAGAAUUACGUAUGAUAACUCCAACAUUGAAGACUCAUAAAUCCAAUAAGUAGAUAAAAAAGGAGUCAAUAAGCGAUGCACAACAAAUCUUAGGAUUAUGCAAAAAGAAUAACAAAUAUUGCCAUAAUUAUCAUCCAGCUAAUAAGUUGUCAGAAUGAAAUUGCAAAGUCGCCAAUUGAAAGCAAAACCGAUUGUCAAGAAACAAAAGAGUUUAGAACAUGCAAUUCACCUUCGUUAUUUGAAUAAAUAAUAUGAAGAAUUACAAAAAGGCAUUAUGAUCAAAUGUCUCUUUCUUAAUAUCAAUAACAGAGAGGAAUACUUGGAUAAAGUUAUUAUUUUGAAUUUUGAAAAUUUAUUAUUGUAAUCAAAAAGGAACUUUUGGGAUCAUAAAACUGAUCUAAAAAUAUGCCAUUCAUUUUCAAUAGGUAGUCUAAUUGAACAAUGUGAUAGUCCUUAUUGUCCAUGCACUCUAAGAAGUGAUCUCAAAAACACUCUGAGAAUACUUUCCAAAGCUUAUCUAAUAGUCCUCCUAUUUACUAGUCAAACCUUCGCAUAAGUGUGGUCAAAAUACUUAUCAGAUAAUGGCUACACUUAUGAUGCCAUAUAUUUAUCUAAAUAGUAAUCUCAAACAAUAGAAUGUGGAGGUAUUAAACUAAAUAGAUUGCUAAGAGAUUUUAGCAAAUUUAAAAUACUUAAAAUCCUCAUUUUUGAUUCAAUUGACAUCUCAAAUACAUUCCCUAAAAUACCUCCUGAAUAGUUCCAAUAUCGACUGCCUAUACAUGGAACAGACGUUGAAACAAUACUAUUCAUCUUUUAGCAAAUUUAAAACCCCAAAUAAUUCGAUUCCAAAGUUAUUUUUGAUAUUUGCACUUCUUUCUAAAAUGAUUAAAAUAUUGUCAUAAGCAGGAAACCAGUAACCAUUUUAUCCGUAGAUCUUACCUAAGCGUACAAUUAUUUCAAUCAAAAGGAAGAAUUACUAUAAGAUAAAUAAUACAUUUUAUCUAAAUUAUCUGCAAUACAAGAAGAAUUCAAUAAAAAUAUUAGUCAAUUUGAUCCCAGUUUACUAUAAGAAUAAGAGGAUUAAGUGUAUAAAUGGGUUGAUACUACUCGAAAUCGAAUUCUAGAUUAGAUUAAGUCAAAAUUUUAAGAGAAAAUACCUUUAUUACACUUUACAGUUGGAGACUUGAUUGUUAGAAAUCAUAAGUUCAAAGCAUUAUACUUUAAUUAUCCUCAAUCGUAAUUAGUUAAAAAAGAAACAUAAUUGAAUAAAAAAAUCAAUAAAAUAGACUCAGAAACAUAAGUUUAUCAGAAUAAAUAAAAAAAUCACUUAUUAAUAAACUGCUUUCUAUGUGUAGAAUGA